AUGUGUUCUUUGGAUCUGCCCUGCUCCGUGCAGGGAGUCAGCUCCGACGUGUCUGCGGAUGGCGAUGAUGAGGAGGAGGUGGUUCACAUGGGCAACGCCAUCAUGUCCUUCUACUCUGCACUCAUUGACCUUUUGGGACGUUGCGCCCCAGAGAUGCAUCUCAUCAACAAGGGCAAAGGUGAAGCUCUACGUAUUCGCGCCAUCCUACGUUCACUCGUACCAACUGAAGACCUGGUUGGAAUCAUCAGUAUACCACUCAGAAUGCCUAUCAUCAACAAAGAUGGGUCGAUGACUGAGCCGGACAUGUCCGCCUGCUUCUGUCCUGACCACAAGGCCCCCAUGGUCCUGUUUCUGGACAGGGUCUAUGGUAUUGAAGACCAGAGCUUUCUGCUUCACCUGCUCGAAGUGGGCUUCCUGUCCGACCUGAAGGCUGCUACCUCUCUGGACACGGAAGUCCUGUGUACUACAGAGACCGCCUUGGCCAUGAACCGCUACAUCGGCUCGGCCAUGCUACCUCUCCUCACCCGCUGCGCUCCUCUGUUUGCGGGCACUGAGCACUACGCCACCCUCAUCGACUCCACCCUUCACACCAUCUACCGCCUCUCCAAGGGUCGAUCGCUCACCAAAGCCCAGAGAGACGCCAUCGAGGAGUGCUUGUUAGCUGUCUGCAAACACCUCCGACCUUCGAUGCUGCAACAACUCUUGCACCGCCUCGUCUUUGAUGUACCACUGCUGACCGAAUACUGCAAAAUGCCUCUCAGGCUGCUAACCAACCACUAUGAGCAGAACUGGAAGUUCUACUGCCUCCCGUCGGGAUGGGGCAGCUACGGCACAGCGUCUGAAGAUGAAUUACUGCUCACUAAGAAAAUCUUCUGGGGAGUGUUUGACUCUCUGUCCCAGAGGAAAUACGACGCAGAGUUGUUUAAGAUGGCCAUGCCUUGCCUCAGUGCCAUUGCUGGAGCUCUGCCGCCCGACUACGUAGAUGCCUCCAUUAGUACGACUGUGGAGAAACCUGUGUCAGUUGACGCUCAGGGCAAUUUUGAUCCCAAACCAAUCAACACCGCUAACAUUGCUCUGCCAGAGAAGCUGGAACACUUUGCCAACAAAUAUGCUGAGCAUUCCCACGAGAAAUGGUCUGCAGAGAAGGUGCUGUUGGGAUGGAAGUAUGGAGACUGUGUUGAUGAGAAGGCCAAAACUCACCCCCAGCUCAGAACCUACAAAGGCCUGACAGAGAAGGAGAAGGAGGUCUACAAGUGGCCAAUUAGAGAGUCUCUCAAGAGUAUGCUGGCGAUGGGCUGGUCCAUCGACAGGACCAAAGAUGGAGAGAGCAUGUCUCAACAGAGGGAGAACGAGAAAAUGAGAAAGAUAUCCCAGGCCUCGCAGACAAAUGGAUUCAAUCCCAGCCCAAUAGACACCAGCACUGUGGUUCUGUCCAGGGAAUUACAGGGGAUGGUGGAGGUUGUGGCAGAAAAUUACCACAACAUCUGGGCCAAGAAGAAGAAGAGUGACCUUGGAAGCAGAGGUGGGGGAACACACCCUCUGUUGGUGCCCUACGACACGUUGACAGCUAAGGAGAAGGCCCGAGAUCGAGAGAAGGCCCAGGACCUUUUCCGCUUCCUGCAAAUCAAUGGCUACAGCAUAACAAGAGGUUUGAAGGACCUAGAGCAGGAUUCUUCAUCCAUGGAGAAGAGGUUUGCCUAUAGGUUCCUCAAGAAACUUCUCAAGUACGUCGACUCAGCUCAGGAGUUCAUCGCACAUUUAGAGGCCAUGGCCGCCAGUGGGAAAACGGAUCGAUCCCCACAUGAACAAGAAAUAAAGUUCUUCGCUAAGGUUCUUCUUCCUCUCAUCGAUCAGUACUUCAAGAACCACUCUCUCUACUUCCUCUCAUCUCCCAGCAAAAACCUGAGCAGCAGUGGCUACGCUUCCAACAAGGAGAAGGAAAUGGUCAGCAGCCUGUUUUGUAAACUGGCAGCUCUUGUCAGACAUAGGAUUUCACUCUUUGGCAGUGACUCUAUGACCAUGGUGAGCUGUCUCCAUAUACUGGCUCACACUCUGGACACAAGGACAGUGAUGAAGUCGGGCUCAGAAAUGGCCAGAGUGGGGCUGCGGACCUUCUUUGAGAACGCCGCGGAGGAUCUGGAGAAAACCUUCGAGAACCUGAAAUUGGGGAAGUUCACUCACUCCCGCUCGCAGAUGAAAGGGGUGUCGCAGAAUAUUAACUACACCACGGUGGCGCUGCUCCCCAUCCUAACUGCUCUCUUCGAACACAUCACCCAGCACCACUUUGGAGUCGACCUGCUGUUGGAUGAUGUCCAGGUGUCCUGCUAUCGGAUCCUGACCAGUCUGUAUGCACUGGGCACGGGCAAAAACAUCUACGUGGAGAGACAGCUGCCAGCUCUUGGACAGUGUCUGGCCACCCUGGCUGGUGCCAUGCCGGUGGCGUUCCUGGAGCCACUGCUCAACAUGUACAACCCCUGUUCAGUCUUUAACACAAAAAGUGCCCGAGAACGAGCCAUCCUCGGCAUCCCUGACUCGGUGGAGCAGAUAUGUCCGGCGAUGCCGUGGCUGGACGGCCUGAUGAAGGACAUCAACGACAUGGCCGAGUCUGGAGCCAGGUACACAGAGAUGCCUCAUGUGAUCGAGGUGGUGCUGCCCAUGCUCUGCAACUAUCUCUCCUACUGGUGGGAGAGGGGGCCGGAGAACCAGCCAGCCAGCGGGGGCAGUGUCUGCUGCACCACCGUCACCUCAGAGCACCUGAGCCUCAUUCUUGGCAACAUCCUGAAGAUCCUCAACAACAACCUGGGCAUUGAUGAAGCCUCCUGGAUGAAAAGGAUUGCAGUGUACGUGCAGCCCAUCAUCAGCAAGGCCCGCGCUGACCUGCUGAAGAGCCACUUCCUGCCCACGCUGGAGAAGCUGAAGAAGAAGACGGUGAAGGUGGUGGCUGAGGAGGAGCUGCUGAAGGCAGACAGCAAGGGAGACACCCAGGAGGCGGAGCUGCUCAUCCUGGACGAGUUUGCCGUCCUCUGCAGGGACCUCUACGCCUUUUAUCCCAUGCUCAUCCGCUACGUGGACAACAACAGGUCCAGGUGGUUAAAAGAACCGGAUGCCGACUCCAAUGAGCUCUUCAGAAUGGUUGCUGAAAUUUUUAUUCUUUGGUGCAAGUCACAUAACUUUAAAAGAGAGGAGCAGAACUUUGUGGUUCAAAAUGAAAUUAACAACCUGUCCUUCCUGACUGGGGAUAAUAAAACCAAGAUGUCAAAGUCGGGGGGACAAGACCAGGAGAGGAAGCACAAGAAACGACGUGGUGAGUUCUACUCCAUCCAGACCUCGCUGAUCGUGGCUGCUCUGAAGAAGAUGCUGCCCAUCGGCCUCAACAUGUGCACCCCGGGCGAUCAGGAGCUCAUAUCUCUGUCCAAGACCCGCUACCUGCUGAAAGACACAGAUGAUGAGGUCAAAGAUCACAUCCGCCAAAACCUGCACCUCAGAGAGAAGUCAGAGGACCCUGCAGUCAGGUGGCAGCUGAACCUGUACAAGGACAUAGCAACGAGGACCGAAGGCCCUCCAGACCCGGAGCGAGUGGUGGACCGCAUCCAGCGGAUCUCGGCUGCGGUUUUCAACCUGGAGCAGGUGGAGCAGCCGCUCAGGUCCAAAAAGUGUGUUUGGCAGAAACUGUUGUCCAAACAGAGGAAGAGAGCCGUGGUGGCCUGUUUCCGCAUGGCUCCACUUUAUAAUCUACCAAGGUACGCAACACAACUGCUUCGUUUAAAUAACACUCAACACGAAGUCUGCUGGGUUCAUGGAUAA